AUGGUUGCUGUGCCCACUGCCUGGUGCUCCGUCGCUCUGGCCCUGCUCGUGGCCCUGAACGAAGGCAAGGGCCAGGCCGCUGCCACCCAGGAGCAGCCAGUGCCCUCGCCCCAUGCCCCAGGCUCCCACCUGCGGCCUCGGCGUUGCUCCUGCAGCUCCUGGCUGGACAAGGAGUGCGUCUACUUCUGCCACCUGGACAUCAUCUGGGUGAACACUCCCGGACAGACAGCUCCUUAUGGCCUGGGAAACCCGCCAAGACGCCGGCGCCGCUCUCUGCCAAGGCGCUGCGAAUGCUCCAGUGCCAGAGACCCUGCGUGUGCCACCUUCUGCCACCGAAGGCCCGGGGCUGAAACCAUGGCAAACCCAGGCAUUGGGUCCCCUGCCCACAUGCUCCAGGCUGGCAAGACGUGGACCCCUGCAGGAGAGCUCCUCCGAAGGCUGAGGGACAUUUCUUCUGCCAAGAUCCGCUUUGCUAGGCGACAGCAGGAGGCAACAAGGGAGACCAGGCCUACACACCCCAGGCGGAGGAAGAGAUAG